AUAUCUGUAUGUCCACGACACCACAUGCAAUUGACACACUCAUCCGGUGAAAACUACUCGAAGGUUCUUAUACUUACCACGUGCCAAAAAUAGGUAUUUGUUAAUGACUUAUUUGUAAAGUGGUCCUUUACAUAAGUUGUCAGGGAAGAAAAUAAGAAAAUAAAUAUUGUAAUUCUACCUUUUAAAGAGUUGUGAGUAAUUGAAACUAAUCCGAAAAUACUAAUUUCAACCGAUUAACACCUUCAUCAUCUUAUAUUGCUGAAUAUAAAUUUACUGUACCGUACGACUCCAUAAAAAAUAAGGAAGAUUUUCUGAUUCAUUGAGAAUAUUUUAUUAGGGCUGAAAAUAUUUUAUUGGUCGUAAAACAUGAAAAUGACAAAAACAGAAAACAGUUCUGAUACGGACCAAAUUGUCCUCAUGGGGUUUCCUAAUCAUUUAUUGGGCUGUAAAUUGAGUUUUCACUUGUAUUUGACCCAAAAUCAUAUCGGGCCCAAGAAGAGGAGUUAUGGCAAGUUUACUUAUUUCUUGCCCAUCAAGUAUCAUCACCUAUAAAUAGGGAGUUAUUCUCAACUUAUCACUCCUAUGCUCUCUCUUACAUAUCACACUCGAUUAUCUCUCGAUAAACACUGACUUGAUCGUCGGAGCUUCUAUGCCGGGAAACCCCUCCCGGCGUUGCAGGUACCCCUCCGGCGGAAUCCCCGACGAGCUAUCAUCCAAAAUAUCUUCCAAGGAUCCUACGUCAUCGUCUUGGUUAUUUUGGUGCAAAUCAAGUUCACACUCGAUAGACCGGAUAUCCGAGUUGCCAGAAGAAAUCUUGCAAAGAAUACUGUAUUUCCUCUCCCAAAAAGAGUCUGUUCGUACCUCCGUCUUGUCGAAAUCAUGGCGUAAUAUUUGAUGUACUCGCCCCAAUCUCGAUUUUUCAGACAACAACUUCAAAGGAAAGAAACAAGAAUUUAUAUCCCUUAUCAACAAUAGUUUACAACGAUAUCGCGACCAAAAGCUAUGCGUAGAGGAAUUCGGGCUUUAUAUAUCGUUAGAUGAUUCGGAUCGCAAAUCGAUUUUGCUCCUCGAAAAAUGGAUCCGAACACUAAAAAGUAUGGGUAUUGUGAAGUUUUGUCUUUCUAUUUGUUCGAAACAGAGUUCGGGACUUAUUCAUCUGCCCUCUGUAGUCUUCGAAGUAGCCGAACCGCUACAAGAUUUGCAUGUCGAAAAAUUCACGUCGGACCAAAAGUCUUAUCAAAGGACGGUACUCUCUAAGCAUCCGAAAGAAGUUCGUCUACAAAAAGUCUACAUUGAGGACGACAAUUUUCGGAUGAUAAUCGCAAGCUGUCCUUCGGUUGAAACUUUGUUCGUCAGAGCAUGCGAGGGGUUAAGAAAUAUUGAGGCGAAUAAUCUUGUUCAUCUAAACAAGUUCAUUUUUUCACCUUAUAAGGUGCCCUUGGCAGAAGAGGAACUUUGUAGCAUCGAAAUAAAUCCCCCAUCUCUUAAAAGCAUCGACGUUACUUACGGUAAUCUUAGGUUCGAAAGAGGAGUUGAUUUUUGUAAUCUGAGUGAGUUACAUAUAACUGGUGUGGAACUGUCAUGGGACAACUUGUCGUCGUGUAAAUUGCCGAGCCUCGAAAGGUUGAUCAUUGUCGGUCGCCUUCGGUCCAAGGAAAUCAACCUAUUUGUCGAUGCACCGAAAAUAACCUAUUUUGCAUAUAGUGGAGAUUUUAUCCUAUCGAUCUCGUUUGCAACAACUACUUCGAAAGAGUGGAUCUCGGUUAUAGGCCUAACUAUGCAUCCGAAUGGUGUUCCCUCUUCGUGGCUCCACAAGCUAAAAGAACUGCUCGACUCAUUAAGCCAAUCAAAAGUUUCUCUUCGUAUUUCUAUCAGUCGUGAGUAUCAGAUGAAUGACGACAUAAUUCAAGAAAACAUUAACCUGAUACAAGAAAAUUGUUGCGAUAAAUAUUUUGUGGUGGAGAGAUUGAGUUUGAGUUGCCACUUGUGUUCCUAUUCAUCUCUUUUAAACGGUGUGUUUAGCAUUUGUCGUCCAAGAAAAAUCUGUUUGUCCGGCCUCAUGAACUCGGAGACAAUGGCUAUCGAGUGUGUGUGGAAUUUUCUAAUGCAGAGAGAAAGUGGAGAACAAGGUGAUCAGUGCAGGAAGUUUUGGGAAAGAGAUUUAGAAGAAGUAAGCAUGGAGAUUAUUGGGAAAAAUCGUGAAGGAUGGCAUUCGAUAACUCUGUCAGAAUUGCUAAACCAUCAAGAAAUCGGAUCGAGUAUUCGCUUUACAUUGAAAUGGAGCAAUGGGGCAAUCUGAAGUCUUUCUUUUUGUUGAUUAAAAUUUAAAACAUAGUUUUACCUGCUUCGUCCUAAAGUUUAUUUUGUUUCUGCUUGUUUGGCUUCGUUUUCUCAUUCAUUUGUUUACAAGAAUACUCUUUAUUAACUAUUUUAUUUGCAUAUCGUCAGUUAUCAAAAUUAGAUAGAGAUAUAAGAAAUACGGGGGUUUUCCAUUCCACACGGGCUCCAAUUUUUGGGUGUAUAAUAUGUAAUAAGCGAACACUGAGUUUUAAAUGCUUAACCCGGUUUGGUUCAGGUUUACCUAUAUGUCGAUCGGCAGUUUAACCAUUAAAUAAAAAGCCGGCGUUUAACCGGCUAAAUCGGCCGAUAAUGUGGAAUUGGCAUCCUCUCUCCUUGAGAGAGCUUUUAAUUUGGAGAUGAGUUCUACCCAAAUCUAUUUAACAUCUGCCAAU